AUGGAUCCUAAACCAGAAGAGGAAGAUGAAGUCAUGGACCAGUUUAUAGAUAAAUUCCGCACCCACAAAUACAAGGGAGCCUUUAAUGAAGAACAAUGGGAGGAGGUAAGAUUCGGGUUUUUGUUUGAUAACGAGGAGGUGUACUAAAGGAAAGAAGCCAAUGACAAAUCUUCUUUCUAUGUUCCUGCUGCCCAAGUAAUGACAGAUGAAAUCUGAAGAACUGGCCAAAUCCUGUAAAGAUGAGGGCAAUGACUUUUUUAAGGAGAAGAAUUACAAGAAAGCCAUUGAGGCAUAUACAGAGGGCAUCAAGAAAAACUGCAAAGACCAGGAGCUGAAUGCAGUUCUGUACACCAACAGGGCAGCAGCACAGUUUCAUUUAGGUAACUACCGUUCAUCACUUAAUGAUGCAGUUGCCGCAAGAAAACAGAAACCAGAACACCUAAAGGCCAUAAUACGAGGUGUUUUAUGCUACAUGGAAAUAAAGAACUAUUUAGAAGCUUUGAAGUGGUGUGAUGAAGGUUUACGGAUCAACCCAACAGAGAAAAAGCUGCUGGAAACUAGAACAAAGGCAGAUAAACUUCAGAGGACAGUAGACAGAGAUGCCAGGAAAAUGAAACAGACUGAAAAGAAGAAACAGACAGAAAAGAACACUCUGCUCAGUGCUAUUAAGUCUCGGGGGAUAAGGUUGCAAGAGCAAAGGAGCGAUGAUGAUGAUGAGACAUCCUCUGAUAGUAUUACCUCCUCAGAAAACACAACUGGAGCUCAGGUGUUUAUGAAUGAGAGUGGUCGUCUUAGCUGGCCGGUGUUGUUUUUGUAUCCAGAGCACUGUCAGACAGACUUUAUCUCUGCAUUUCAUGAGGACUCCAGGUUUCGUGAUCAUCUAACAGCAAUGUUCUCUGAGGAUUUACCCCAAUGGGACACAGAAAGAAAAUACCUUGCUCCAAAUCUAGAGGUUUACUUUGAGGAUGAAGACUCUGAGUGUUUCUACCAGGUAGAUCCAGACAGCACCUUGCUAGAAACCAUGCAGCACAGCAGAUUUCGUGUGAAAGCCGGAACACCAUCAUUUUUAAUAUUUGUAAAGCAAUCUCACUUCUGUAGAAAAUACUUUUCAGAUAAGAAAUUACAGAGGAUAUGCUGA